AAAAAACUUGGGACGGAUGUGAAGAAUUUCUCAUGACCAAAGGAUAUAAUAACUUAAUCUUUUCUCUAAUAAGCAUUUUGUCUAUAAAGAGUUACUCAGGUACCCAAAGAUGACGAGUGACGGCGAUGGUAGGGUUUUGGGUUCUAGUGUUCCCGACGUAUCUAUGGUGGACGCAGGGGAGAGGGUCCGACCGCCUGGGGAUCCACCGGAUGGACAGCGGGUUUGGGUGAAUAAUGUUAUCGGUGGUGGGAGUGGUGGCCGACCGAAUCCGGAAGAUAUUAUUGAUCAUGAGUUUGUGAAGGAGAGAGUAAAGGUGGUGUUCCCAGAUGGGGUGCAUGGUGAACCUGUGGUCACGGUGGGGAAAGAAUUAUUGGAAGCUAUGAAUGGUUUGUGGAAGAACUGUAUGGUGGUUAAGGUGCUGGGACGUAACAUGUCUAUCUCAGUUCUUAGCAAACGCCUACGUGAGAUGUGGAAACCGAGAGGAGUUAUGCACGUGGUGGAUUUGCCUCGUCAGUUUUUUAUGAUUCGUUUUGAGCUUGUAGAAGAGUAUUUGGCGGUGUUAACGGGCGGGCCGUGGAGAGCUUUUGGGAGUUAUUUGAUGGUGCAAGCAUGGUCUCCGGAGUUUGAUCCUAUGCGGAAUGAGAUCGUAACAACACCGGUGUGGGUUAGGUUGUCUAAUAUUCCAGUUAACAUGUAUCAUCGAUCCAUAUUAAUGGAAAUAGCAACAGGUUUGGGGAAACCGAUUAAGGUGGAUAUGGCGACUCUAAAUUUCGAUCGGGCUAGGUUUGCGAGGAUAUGUGUUGAGGUGAACCUUGCAUAUCCUUUGAAGGGAACGAUCAUGAUAAAUGCUGAGAGGUAUUAUGUGGCGUAUGAAGGGCUUACGAAUAUUUGUUCGUUGUGCGGUUUGUACGGACACUUGGUGCAUGCUUGCCCAGCUGGGAAACCAGUGAUGCCGGUGACGGAGAAAGAGACGACGGCUACGGUGGUCCCCGGUGGGAGUGAAGGGGGAGAUGGUUUUACAACGGUGAGGAAAACCGGGUAUAGAUCAACUUCACAGAUGAGGAAAGUUUCCUUGGCGGCUGCAAAGUCAGGAAAGGAAACAGAAGGAAAUCUGAGGGAGAUCUCGGGGCAAAAGGAAAGUGCGAAUAUUGCGGUAUCAAAUAGUUUUGGUAUGUUGGAGGAUGGAGUUGUAUCCCUGGAAUCACGAGAUGUAGUAAUUACGUCGGGUGCAAAUAAGGAGAAUGAAUAUCCGUUGACGGUUGUGAGCAAGGAGCAGAACAUGGGCCACGAAAGAGUGGGCUUGCAAGAGAAGGUCGUGUUUCAAGGCCUGCCGAGAGCAAAUGAUGACUCAAAAAAUCGAAGGGUAAGUUUGGGGAAGCCUAAUGGAAAUGGUGGGCCGAAACCCAAACAAAUUUCGAAAUUCAAGGCCACUAGGGGGCUCGUGUUUGGACCAACGGGGAGAGGGGUGGAGCUAUCUGAAUCCGGUAAGCGGAUGCGGGUGGAGAUGGGGAGUGUGGGGCGUGAGUCCCAAUUUGUGAUGUCGGGAGGUGAUGGAGACAUGACGGAGUCGCCUGAGGGGAAUGGAGUAGAUGGUCUUGGGCCUGUUCGACCAGCUAAGGACAGAGCGUUGGAAAUGCAGUUGGUCCCGCCGGAAGGAGUGGCGGACAAGUUAAUGGCAUAACAGUUUUCCCCGGCGGUU